AUCGGCGACAGAGAGCCGCUAAGAGGAUCCGGGGCCGGCGGAGAGAGCUGAGAGGAGCCGGUUCCGGUGGCGGGAGUUCAGACAGAAACUUACCGGGUGUGUUGAUCCGCCUCGGACUGCUGACAGCUCCACCACACGGAACAAAUUUGACAAUUCAACUGCAGCCCAGAACCAUCACUGGCUGUGGCCCCUCCCCUUCAUUGUGGCUCCUUCCUCUCGCGGUGGCCCCUCCCCCUCCUUCCUCUCGCUGUGGCUCCUCCCCCCCAUCCUCACUCAGACAUCAGCAGCCACACUGAGCAGAGUCUUACCUGAUGAUGUGGAGAGACACAGUGAGAGACCUGGACCUGGACCGGGACCUAGACCAGGACCAGGACUCGGACCAGGACUCUGAACAGGACUUGGACCAGGACUCAGUUCAGUUUGAUGAUCUGCUGUGUUAAAUGGAUGUGGAGCAGAUCUACCAGACAUCAGGUCUGGACUGGACCAGGUCUGGACAGUAUUGUGGACUGGACCAGGUCUGGACUGGAUCUGUUCAGGGACACGUUUCAUUUGAUUCUCUGAAUGAAUCCGUUUAUUUCUGUUGAUAAAGUUUUAUUGAAUGAAACUUAUUCAAUACGACUUGUUGACAUGAACGUCCCGAUCCAGAGGAACCAGAACCAGAACUGAGGAUGAGACCAGGUCUUUAAACCUGGAUGUUGUCGUCUUCUUCCUCCUCUUCCUCCUCCCCCGCUCCCCACACAGUGACCUCUAACCCCCGGCAUGUUGCCUUGGAAACCUACUGGAGGGAGGUGCAGAGCAUCGAAGAGGAGAGGGAGGGAGAAGAUGAAUAUGAAGAUGAUGAGAGGAAGAGCAUAGAUGAGGGGGAGAUGGAGGCAUCAUGGCUGACGGAGGCAGGGCUAUCGUCCCUGGUGACGGGCUCGGAGGAGGAAACUCCGCCUCCGGCCGAGGCUCUACUGUCAACGUUGACACGGCAACAAGCCGUGACCGUGAGGAGGAGGCUGGACAACUACAACGAGACAAUGAAGAAGAGAAACAAACAGCCAAUCAGAGACAUCCGAGACGUCUUCAAUCAGCCUGAGGACGAGUCAGCAGACAUAGGCCCCUCCCCUUCCGCCCACAGAGGCUCCACCCCUUCCGCCCACAGAGGCGCCGACCCUUCCGCUCACUGCACAGAGUCACCAGGUCGAUACCACACCACCACAAAGACCAUCCGCAGACACAGUAACACAGUGCGACCGACUGUCCCGUCAUGUCUUUUUGAAGACCCUCUUCCUAAAGACCCAUCCUCUCUGACACUUAGCCCCGCCCCUACUCACACUCACUCGCUGCCCGAGAGUCAGUCGAGACGAGCUGAUUGGCUGCUGCGGGACUCUCCGUACUCAGAGGGUGUGGCUGAGCAUCAACGGGGCGGGGCUUGUUUGGACUGCCUGCAUUACCACGGAGACAACAACGGUGAUGAGCCGUUCGUACCUGUCUCUCCCUCUCAGGGUCUCACCUGGGCAGAUGACCUGUCAUCAUGUGACCUCACCCAGCUUGGUUUCAUCUCUCACAUCGAGCUCUCCACCUUCCUUCUUGCUCUGGGCGUCCAAACCAAACACUCCCGCCCACCACGCUGCAGGAGUCGGGACGGUGGUGUGUUCGGUGUUCCUCUGAAUUUGCUGUUGCAGAACGACAGGAAGAAGUUUCCUGCAGUGAAAGUUCCUAUUGUCUUCCAGAAGUUGUUGUGUAUUUUAGAGAGCAGCCUGCAGACCGAGGGGAUCCUCCGAGUUCCUGGAUCAGCUGCUCGACUGAAGCACCUGCGUAGAGAGUUAGACAGGUGUGGUGGAGCCAUCGACUGGUCUGCAGUGAGACAGGUGGAAGCUGCAGGUCUGCUGAAGCUUUUCAUCAGAGAACUACCAACACCUCUACUGACACACACACACCUGUCCACCUACCUCUCUCUGACAGGCGUCCCGUCUCUCGUCCACCAGCUUCAGGCGCUGCAGCUUCUCUCCUUGUUGCUUCCUGACGUAAACAGAAACACACUCAGAGCCCUGCUCGUCUUCCUACGUAAGGUCGUCUCUCAUCAGGACCAGAACCGGAUGUCUCUGUGGAACGUCUCCAUGGUAAUGGCGCCAAACCUGUUCUCCUAUCGUCAUCGUGGCAACAAGCAGUCUGUUGCCAAACAACAAGAGAUGGAGGAGGCAAUGGGUGGGGCCCAGCUGGUCCGUCUGAUGAUCACGCACCAGGACCUGCUGUGGACCGUUCCGAGAUUCCUGUUGUCUCAGGUGAGACAGAUGAACCAGGCAGCCAAUCAGAAGCCGUUCAGCCUCACCAGGACAAAGAGACGACUUCUGAGGAAGAACGACAGAAACCAGGUGAGACAGAGACCAAAACCAGAUCAGAACCAGCUGAGAGACCAGAACCAGAUCUCAGACCUGUGUGACGGUGUCAUCAGGGUUCAUGCCCCCCUUCACACUAAAGUUUCCAUGGCAAUACAACUCGACGGACAGACAAGAGCCAAGGAUGUGACAUCACGCUUUGAGAACAGUCCUGCUCAGUGUCUGUAUGAAGUUGGAGGAAACAUCUGUGAGCGUCGUCUCCAUCCAGACUGUUUCCUGUUGGAUGUUUACAGACUCAACCCUCACUGUGAUUGGCUGAUCAAACCCUGACAUACAAAGUCUCACCACCUUAAUCCUGUCUCACAACGUGCCUUACCACCUGUCUCACCCC